CCUUAAUUCCCAAGAUCCUCCACAACUUCUUCUACCAUCAUCACCAUCGAUCUCAGUGCAUCUGACCUGACCACACCCUUCCUCUCUACCUUCCCCUAAAGAAGUUGUCAUCAUCUCAUCGCCCACAUCAAACCCCCGUUCACCUCCCUCGAGAUCUUCCAAUGGAGGAGCAGAAGCAGAAAACCGCCCCCACCUCUGGCGGCAGCGGCGGCGGCAAGAUCUCCCUCCGCCCUCUGCAACUCUCUGAUGUCGACGACUUCAUGGUGUGGGCCACUGACCCGGAAGUCGCCCGCUUCUGCAGGUGGGAGCCCUACACGAGCCGCGACGACGGCCUGGCCUACAUCGCCGGCAGCGCCCUCCCCCACCCUUACUUCCGGGCCAUCUGUCUCGACGGCAGGCCGGUCGGGUGCCUCUCGGUGACGCGGAACGAGGACAGGAUGGAGGCCUGCCGGGGGGAGCUGAGCUACGCGCUGGGCUCGGGCUACUGGGGGAGGGGGAUCGCGGCGGAGGCGGUGAGGAUGGCGGUGGCGGAGGUGUUCGGGGAGAGGCCGGAGCUGGAGCGGGUGGAGGCGAUCGUGUACGCGGAGAACAAGGCGUCGCAGAGGGUGCUGGAGAAGGCCGGGUUCACCAGGGAGGGGCUGCUGAGGAAGUACGUCGUGAUCAAAGGGAGGACGAGGGAUGCGUUCAUGUUCAGCCGUCUCUCUACUGAUUAAGAUUCUUGAUAUAUAUUCUGCAUGAAUAUUGGCACUGGUAUUGUCAUCCAUUUGCCUGGAAACCUAGGUUGGUAAUUUGAAAUGUAGUUUCUGCGCUUUGGGCUCGUAAUAAAUUGCUCGAUCGGACAGAUUGUAUUGGAAAUUUUGGCAGGUUGGUUCAUCUUCUGCCGCUCACCAUUGGAGUUUUUAAAUUUCCUAGAUCAGGUUUCUUUCUUUUUUUCUUUUUGUUUUGGUCUAACGAUCAGGUUACUCA